CUACAAUCGCCCAGACGACGACGACAACGACGACGGCGAUUCCCACUCUGUCUGGCUGAGAGCGAGUAUAAGACUCGCCUCGCAUGCAGCAACAGCAGCACGACGUCGCCAUCCACCACAACUCGACGACGACAUGACACGACACAGACAGCAGCUCAACUCGGAGUGGGCGGCGCUCCCGCUGCUCGCGGCGUGCGUUGGGCCGUGGUUGUUGGUGGUCGCAGCUGCACGAUACUUCAUCUCACCGGAGCACCCGGGCUGGGUGAGCUCGUUCAGCGAUCCGACGAGCGUGCGCUGGAUCCGCGGAAUCUGGGGGCUCGUGUUCACGUUCGAGCUGUUGCUCCUGUUCCACCUCUACUCUGACAUUGUGCGCACCGCCGACAAGUCGACCAUUGUCGUAUACUCGCCCGUGGAUGAGGACAAGCGGCUCCCCGACCAUGCCCUCGAGGACGACUAUGUCGACAUGCACGCGCACGAGUUUGAGCAGUUUGUCGUGUGGUCGCGGCUGGUGUCGCUGGUCAAGUGGAACCUCAUCAUGUUUGUUCACCAUAUCGCGACGUACCCGAGUGUGCCCGUCCUCCUCUCGUCGUCCCGCCUCGCAAUGGUGCUCUUCCUCGAACCCCUAGUCCACGUCUACGUCUACGGGGGGGACUUUAGCCGCGCGCUGGACCGGAUGCGCGCCCACGCGGUCGCGAUGGACGAGUGCCCGCCGAACCCGCUCAACACGGGGGGCAUCUUCACCGGGCCCCUGUCGUACUCUGUGGCCGCGAAGCGCGCGGCCGUGCUCUCCCAGCUGCCGGGCUACGUCCUCCAGCAGCUGUGGGAGACGGUCGCCGCCGCCGGCGUGCAGGGGCUAGAGGCGCGCGCGGCCGUGCAGGCCGCGUCGGACGCGUUGGAGAGCUGCAGCAACAGCGAUAACAUUGACACAGUCGCGCUGCUCGCUGACGCUGUGCGCCAAGUAGAGAUGCUCGAGGCCCAGACCCGCGCCGACGGCCUAGUGUGCAUUGAGGAAAAGGUGUAG